UGUACAUGGUUAUUUGCAAAUUUAUCUUAAACAUAAUUUAAAAAUAUUCACCAACGCAAUUUAAUACUGAAAAUUUUUCGCAUUAAGUUUCAUAAAAAUUAACUUUGUGCAAUAAUUACAUAUGAUGCUAAUAUUACACUUAUUACUACUAGUCUUAAUCGUAAUUAUUACCAUUAUUAACUUUUAUUAACUAUUAUUAUUACUGGGAAUUGUUUGCCACAGUAUUCGUAACGUAUUAUUAAAUAAAUGAAUCUUUAAUUUCAAAUCAACAGCUGAUGGACGGCACGAAUGGCACAAUUGAUUCACGCCUUCAGGCGGUCGACGGACUAAUACAUUCGGUGGCCAGGGAUGUCAGGCAAGCGACUCAAAUCUGCCAGCCAGGUAGCCGGGGUGCCGCAGGUGGCCCGGGAAGCGUAGGUUACCCGGGUAGCACAGGUGGCCCGUGUGUCGAAGGUGGUACGGGUGGAAAUGGUGGCAAUGGUACCCCGGGUAGCCCGGGUGGCGCAGGUGCCCCGGGUUGCGCGGGUGGUCCGGGUGGUGCUGGUGGCCCCGGUGGCACAGGUGGCCCGGGUGGCACAGGUGGUCCGGGUGCGCCUGGUGGUGCGGGUGGUUUGGGUGGCAAGGGUGGCGCGGGUGGCGCGGGGGGUAAGGGUGGCGCGGGUGCCCCGGAUGGCCCGCCUGGUGUUGAUGGCCCGCCCGGCGUCAAUGGUCCGCCCGGUGCCAGUGGAUAG